AAAUCAGAAAUCAAGCAAAGAGAAUCCCGGCUGGGAUCGAUUAAUUGAGGUUAACUAUCUCGAUCAUAUUCUUUCUCACCAUGGCAAUAAGUUCGAUUACAAUUUUUGGGGUGCUAGGCAACAUUAUGUCAGGUUUGGUCUACCUUUCUCCUGCAAACGUGUUUGUGCGAAUCGCGAAGCGUAGAUCGACUGAGGAAUUUGAGAGUAUUCCAUAUGUCAGCAAACUGUUGAAUGCCUACUUCUGGGUCUACUAUGGAUUUAUUAAGCCUAACAGUGUGCUCGUAGCAACUGUCAAUGUUUUUGGUGCUGCCGUCGAGAUCGUUUUUCUUACCAUAUUUCUACUCUUUGCACCACCUAGAAUGAAGAUCAGGACUGCGAUACUAGUUGUAGUUUUGGAUGUGGCGUUUCCGGGAGCAACAAUCUUACUCACUCACUUUCUACUAGACGGAGAAACAAGGAUUGAUGUUGCCGGAAUCUGGUGUGUAAUUUUCAGCAUGAUUGCAUAUGCUUCCCCUCUUUCAGCGAUGAAAACUGUUGUGGCGUUAAAGAGUGUGGAGUACAUGCCUUUCCUUCUCUCUUUCAUCCUUUUUCUUAAUGGAGGAGUUUGGACACUGUAUGCCAUUCUUGCAAAAGACUUGUUUGUUGGAAUUCCAAACGGGAGUGGAUUUUUACUUGGAACUGCACAGCUGAUUCUCUAUUUUAUAUACUGGAAACCUAAGUCAUCAAAACAAGCAUCUGACGGUUUAGAGGAUCCACAGAUAAGCGAAGCACUCAUAUCUAAUCCUUAA